UUUCCGUUGAUUGUUUUUGCGUUAAUAGGGUAUCCGCUCCCUGUGCUCGAGCUUCCCAACCCAUCGAACGGCGCGAGACGGCGGAGCGCUGGUGAGACGCUUCCGAGACGAUUGGAGGACAAUUGUUGAUUUUGAAAUUAACCGAAGCUAUUACAAUUGAAAUCCGCUCCCUGUUUAGCUGCUCGAAACAGGUAAAUUAAUGGUUCUUAGUUCCAAAGUGAAGGGGGAAAGGGAAAGGUUUUUUUUGGGUGGAGGAAAGGAUUACUUGAAUUGGCCAGAUGGAUGUGGAAGAGCCAAGGGCUGGACUAACAGAGCCAACUGCAUCGCAGAUAUUGUCAAAAGAUCAAAAGUGCAUGGAAUCUGUCUAGGAUUUGUUCAUCUUCUGGAUUCGAUCGUCGGUUAUAGUUUACUGUGUUAAGGUUUACCGGCUAGCUACCAUUUCUCCUUUCCUGUUCGCAGCGUUUUCCUCUGAUCUGAUUUGCUGAUCCGGUUACAUUAUCUGUUCCAGGGAGCCAACGGGCAGCGACGCAUGCACGCCGUCGUCAGUCCCUCACUCUCCAGUCUCCUUGCUCCUCGCCACCAUAGCCUGACCGCCGUCUACCGCCCUUGAAGACCAACAGGCGACCAGAGAGGGACAGAGUCACAACCGGUGUCGUCGUUGUUCGUAGGCAAGCAGCGGACUUCGGCGGCGGUGUCCUCAGCGAGCAGCAGCCAGACACCCAGAAAAAUUCCGCAGAGUGAAAAUGGCGGCAAAGACUGAGAUGAGGUGAGCAAGCGCUUUUCAGCUCUCCCAUCAAUCACCAUGUUAAUGCGCAGAAGAUUGUAUUACUAUAACCCAACCACCACUCUGAGUUUCAAUACAUUCGCUGCAUCCAUCCUUCACAUAGAGGAACAACACAUUCAUCGUCCCAUCGCCACCAACCCACAGCUAGCCAAAGAAUCCUUCCAAGAUCGCUAUAACUUCAACCAUGCAUCAAGUCAAAGCAGUGCUUCCAACCACUUUGGGACGACAGCUUUACCUGAAAUACAGUCCUCUUUCUCGGCCUUGUUUUCUGGAAAGUACGGUUAUUUAGUUGAGAAGUACCGGUUCUUGAUUCCUGUAAAUGACGCAAAACAUCUGCAUUUGGAAAUUGUGAAGAAUGGGUAUAGUCAAGAAUUGUUUUUGUGUAAUUACCUUAUUCAUCUGUAUGUGAAAAAUGGUGAUAUGGCUGCUGCACGUGACCUGUUCGACGAGAUGCCUGACAGGAAUGCGAUUACCUGGGCUAGUUUGAUCACAGGGUAUGCUAAGAAUGACAUGCCCAAUGAGGCCUGUGAAAGUCUUCGACAGAUGGUGCGUUCGGGAUUUGUUCCUAACCAUUAUUCUUUUGGUAGUGCUUUAAGGGCUUGUCAAUCUUUAGGGGCUUGUGGGCUUAGGUUGGGGAUGCAAAUUCAUGCUUUGGUUUUGAAGACGUGCUACUUGAUUGAUGAGGUUAUCUGCAAUGUGUUGAUUUCGAUGUACAGGUGUUGUGGUGAUCCUGGGGAAUAUGCUUGGAGUGUAUUUUGUGGUAUAGAAGCUAAGGAUUCAGUGUCUUGGAAUUCUAUCAUUUCCUUUUAUUCUCAAAGAGGAGAUUCUGCUUCUGCUUUCAAGCUUUUCUCCUUUAUGCAAAAUGAGAGUAUGGAAUUUUAUUCUAAACCAACUGAAGACACUUUUGGCAGCUUAAUUUCCGCUGCUGCUUCUCAUGGUAAUUGUGGUUUGCUUUUGCUAGAGCAGGUAUUGGGAAGAAUUGAAAAAUCUGGAUUUUUAAAAGACCUGUAUGUGGGCAGUGCUUUAGUUUGUAGUUUUGGAAGGUUUGGCUGUCUUGACACUGCAUUGAAGAUUUUCAAGCAGAUGGGCGUGAGAAACGUAGUUUCUAUGAACGGUCUGAUGGUUGGACUCAUUCAACUAAAGCGAGGAGAAGACGCUGCUAAGGUUUUUGUUGAGACAAGAGACAUGGUUGAAAUAAAUUAUUCCUCUUUUGUUGUUCUUUUGAGUGCUUUCCCUGAAUUCUCUUUGUUGGAAGAAGGAAAACAAAGAGGUAAAGAAGUACAUGCAUAUGCUCUCCGAACUGGCUUGUAUGAUUCCAAGGUUGCUAUUGGAAAUGGUCUAAUUAAUAUGUAUGCAAAAUGUGGUGCAAUUGAAGAGGCUCGUUCUGUUUUUAACCUCAUGAUUGAUAAGGAUUUAACAUCUUGGAAUUCUUUAAUUUCUGGUCUUGACCGGAACGAGUGCUUUGAAGAUGCAGUGUGGGGUUUCAGAACAAUGAGGAGUAUUGGUAUGAUGCCUUCAAACUUCAAUUUGAUCAGUGCUUUGAGUUCAUGUGGGAGCCUUGGUUGGAUCAAGAUGGGCAGUGGAAUACAUUGUGAAGCAAUUAAAUUGGGACUUGACUUGGAUGUGUCAGUGUCUAAUGCUCUCCUUGCAUUGUAUGCUGAUGUUUGGUUUAUCUGUGAAUGCAGGAAAAUAUUCUCCUUGAUGCCUGAACAUGACCGUGUUUCUUGGAAUUCUAUAAUUGGUGCAUUGAGUGAUUCUGAGGCAUCUAUUUUUGAAUCUAUAGAAUAUUUCAUAGAAAUGAUGCGCACUGGAUGGAGACUUAACCGAGUUACUUUCAUAAAUGUCCUUUCUGCAGUAUCAUCCCUUUCUCUUCUUGGUCUUGCUAGCCAAAUUCAUGCUCUGGUACUAAAAUACAAUGCAAUGGAUGAUGUAGCUAUUGAAAAUGCAUUUCUUACUUGCUAUGGGAAAUGCGGGCAAAUGGAUGAUUGUGAAAAAAUAUUUUCUAGAAUGUCUGACAGGAGAGAUGAUGUGAGUUGGAACUCUAUGAUCUCUGGCUAUAUACACAAUGAGCUCCUAACGAAGGCCAUGGGUUUAAUCUGGCUUAUGCUGCACAAUGGUCAGAGGUUAGAUUGCUUCACCUUUUCUACCGUUCUGAGUGCAUGUGCCUCAGUUGCAACACUAGAGCGUGGCAUGGAAGUCCACGCGUGUGGGAUUAGAGCUUGUUUGGUAUCAGAUGUUUUUGUUGGGAGUGCCCUGGUUGACAUGUACUCCAAAUGUGGCCGCAUAGAUUAUGCUUCAAGAUUCUUUAAAUUAAUGCCUGAAAGAAAUGUCUAUUCAUGGAACUCAAUGAUAUCUGGUUAUGCAAGGCAUGGACAUGGACACGAAGCACUAGAGGUUUUCAGAAAAAUGAAGCUUGAAGGCCAACCACCAGAUCAUGUUACUUUUGUUGCUGUCUUGUCAGCUUGUAGCCACAUAGGACUCGUCGAACAAGGAUUUGAUCAUUUUGAAUCUAUGAGCAGAGUGUAUGAUUUGACCCCUCGAAUUGAGCAUUUCUCUUGCAUGGUUGAUCUCCUUGGUCGAGCAGGCGAGCUUGAUAAGAUGGAGGACUUCAUCCAAACAAUGCCAUUAAGGCCUAACACGCUAAUCUGGAGAACUGUUCUGGGGGUAUGCAGUCGAGCUAGUGGUCGCAAAAGAGAUCUAGGUAGGAAGGCUGCAAAAAUGCUUAUGGAGCUGGAACCUCAAAAUGCAGUAAACUAUGUUCUUCUAGCGAAUAUGCACGCCUCUGGUGGGAAGUGGGAAGAUGUUGCUCAGGCCCGACGCUCUAUGAGGGAAGCAACAGCGAGGAAAGAAAAAGGAUGCAGCUGGGUCAGCAUGAGAGAUGGCAUUCACGUUUUUGUUGCUGGUGACAAAUCUCACCCGGAUACAGAUGCAAUCUAUGAAAACCUCAGGGAACUGCACAAAAAGAUGAAGCUUGUAGGGUAUGUGCCGCAGAUAAAAUAUGCUUUGUAUGACCUUGAUCUGGAGAACAAGGAAGAACUCCUGAGCUAUCACAGUGAGAGAAUUGCAGUUGCUUUUGUUCUUACACGCAAAUCAGAGAUGCCAAUAAGAAUAAUGAAAAAUCUCAGAAUUUGUGGGGAUUGUCAUGAUGCCUUCAAAUACAUAUCACAAAUUGUUGGCAGGCAGAUAAUACUACGAGACUCCAUCAGGUUUCAUCAUUUUGCUGAUGGGAAGUGCUCAUGUAAUGAUUACUGGUGAUUGAUCUAGAGUUACUUCUAUCAGGAUUCAGGAAGCUGCCAUUGCAGCAUUACUUUGGCACAGGGAUAAGGAGAUUGAGAAGGCCACACAUAGAUGCUAUUCUUAUGAGGGUUUGUUUAGACUGUGAAUGACUGGCUAACACAAGCUCUGGUGAAUUGGCAGGGCUUGAAAUUAAUUAGAGACCACAUAAACGCCCGUUGAUUGACUUUGAGAAGCUCUCAAUUUCUGAGUCUUCUUCUAGUAAAGUAGAGAGAUUGAAGACGAAAAAGGAUUCUUGUACAGCAUGUUGAGACCAAAACUUGCUCAGAAGUCACUGCUGAUCUUGUGCGGUCUUUUGUGCACAUGCAAAGGCAAGAUCAGCUUCUUGCAAAAGCUAAACAAAAACAAGAGGAUUUGUCAAAAAAUGCACGUUUUGAGCAAAUAUGGAAAAGUAGAAGGGGAAAGACGGAUGAUGAAGCACUGGGGUUUUUAAAUAGCAAUACUGUUUUGUUUGAUUCAAGCAAGUUCUGCCCUUACAACACCAUUUUGUUUGAUCACAGUGAUCCAUCAAUAAACACAGUUUUGACAGCACCCACAGAUAAAGCACGAGUGGCAUUGAUGGACUUUAUCAUUUUUCCACGGCGAUGGUUGGUUGCUGAACACAGUUUUGGUCCUCCAUAUUACCACCGAAAAUGUAUGGGCCUGAUCUAUGGAGGAUAUUAGGCAAAAGGUGGUGCAAGCCUCCAUAGCUGCAUGACUCCCCAUGGUCCCGAUACCAAAACAUAUGAGUUACAGCCUGUCUGCUGUAGUAUUCUUCCAAUCCAACACUAUAAUGCUCACGGAAAAACAUCUUACAACAUUACAAUGCUCACAGAAAAGACAUCUAGCCACAUUGUAAUGCUCCCAGUCCCAGAGAGGCAUCUAUGAUCUAACAACAUUACAAUGAUGACAGAAAACCAUAGCCCUGGGAAACGAAGCAGGGCCGCAUAGAAUCACAUGCACGAUGGCAUUCAUGUUCGAGUCAUGCCUCGUGCCCUGAGUGUGCCCAUGGGUGCUGGAAUCGCCCUUCAUGGACCACGAUUAUUAUCAGUGCUGGAUAGGUUUGAAGUCUCACUUUACAGGAGGAGGAUGCACAGAUGAGUUGGAAAAUGGACACCACUGAUGUAUGGCUCACCAAUGCUUGUCAUCUUGUCAUGGUUCCACCGGAGUUAUGGUUCAUCUGUCUGUAUCGAAAUGCCACAGUUUGUACAGAAUAAUACAUUAUUGGGAUUCAAGUUGAUGUAUGGGUAUGACUGAAACAUAAAUAUGAAUAAUGGAGCAUUUGGUUCUCGGGAGAUGGGAUUAUCUUAGGUAAUAAUAAUGUGAAAUUAUGAAAAUGUAAGAUUAUCUUGUAUUUAGUUAACAUGGUUGGAAUGUAAGUUAGUAUAUUUCGUUUAGAUUAUAUUUUAAUGAUAAUGCUAUUUUCUUUCU